AUAUGAUAGCCCUGCUAUUUGUGAUGAAGAUCGCUUUAAUUGUUUUCGAAGAACUUUCUCAUUCUUAUGAAGCACUGAGUGUUUGACAUUGCUUUGUAAUAAUAUCUCGGAAAUAACUCACCGGCGUCUAAAGGCAAAUAAUUGUGUUAGAGAUGCGGCCUCUCGUGGUAGUUUUUGUUAUUUUCGGUGUGGCGUUCGCUUUGGAUGAUGGAUACCGAUCUUUUGAAAGAACAGGAGGUGAGUCCUUCCUCCAAAAUGACGAGGACAAACCACGAGGAGAUGAACAUAACAAGCGGAGUGUCGGCUGGCAUUACGACUACGCCAUUGCACGCCACCCGCCACGUCAUCACAACAUCGACAAACAACGAGAAGACACGCGUGAGCCUGACGCCUUGAAUAAUGACGUCGAUAUAGACGGAAAUAUUGGUAGAAUGCUGAAUAACAAACAUGAUGAUAAUAUUGUCAUAGACGAUAUGGAAACGGAAUUUAUAACACCUAUUCCGUUUAUAUCAGCAAUAAAUGUGGACAUUGAAGACGUGCAGCCGACUUCGGAGACAACGGAUGACGAAGAGAUAACAUCGGGGUCGGGGUCAGGGGAAUACUUACUCGUAGAAGACGCCACAAAUAAAUAUAAUUCAACUAACGGAGACAAUGAUGAUUGGAUCAUUCGAGACGAGGAAACAACAAAUAUUUCUUUGGAUACUAAGGACGUCUUAAUGCCUCCUAUCUGCAACGAGCAAUCUACAUCUUGGUCGUCUUGGUCGCCGUGGAUAGACUUAGGAAACCAUGAUGUCCGGUUAAGACGUUGCCAUGGCAGCACGAAGUUCACGUCUUAUGCUGACAGUUGUCAUGGCGAUGCGGUUGAGAUCCGUAACUGCAUUCGUUCCAAUGGUCGCACUUGUCGGAUGGAAACUGGGUCUCUAAUGGAAGAGUUCCGGACACAAUGUCUUGGCCUGGACCUAGACGAUCUGCGGAAUAUGGAUAACAUUUGGAACCCAGAUUCCAUGGAUGAUGAUUGCGAGUUCACUCUGUACGACCUAAAAUACAAAAUUGCGAUUGGUGAAACACUUACAUCGAGGCAACUCUACGACGCAGAUCCGUUUCUCUGGUGCUUUUCCAAGGAGAAACAUAUAUCAUUCCACACUCCAAAACAUCGAUGCAAAAACAUUUUACUCGCCUUUUGCAAUGACCAUUCUCCCUGUGACAGCCCUCCUGAGAGUCUGGAAAUUCCGAGCGGCGUGGCUGGCUUGAAGAAAACGUGCUGGAAGAGCUUCGUCAUGGGAGGCAAACUCCCCGAGGGCCUACCUGUCGCCAAUGGUCAGCAACUACUUUGCCAAAGAUUUGGCAGAGAUAGUCUAUUUGGGAAAGCAUUUGGUCACAAGGAUGUACACUACACCACCUUAUAUAGCACAAAUCUGCGAAUGCCUGUAAUUUCCAUGACUACUGCGAGGUCUUUUGGUAACGAGAAAUGGCCAUCAGCACCUUUAAUGCUUGAAAGAGGUCUCAUUCAACAACAGACAUCCAAUGUUAUAUCCUGGAUUUUCAAAGACAACAAGAAAGGUAUUGCCCCGAUUACAGAAAUCGACAAUCAAUGUGAUAUUCUUAGUAGCUGCAUACUAGGGACGCACCAAGCCACUCCCGCGGACUUUGAGCAUGCUGGAUACGAACCAACACCACUCUUACCUCCAGAACUUGCUGGAUCCAACCUUGCAGCGCAAGUCUCAACGUUUGCAAUCACAAAUACAAUACCUUUGGAUCCAACAGUAGCUCCGUUUUGGAAGAACGUAAUAAAAGGCGUCCGUAACUACGCAUCGAGCUCGUGUAACAUUCCUUAUAGAUCAUACGGUCGGAAUUCAGAAGAAGACGUUCAAGAUAUGCCCGCGAUGCAUCUGAUAUCUGGCGCAGUUGUUGGAAAGGAUGCUCGUGUUAAAGUGAUUGGAAAUGACGUCGCUGUCCCGGAAAUGAUAUGGAUGGCAGCAUGUUGUUCGAAUGGUGAGAAGAUCCAGUCAUUCGGAGUGUACACAUACAACAGUUUUGGUCAGAAACCCGCGUUUGUCUCCCUUGAUAAACUUCAACUACUAUUGCAGAGGUUGACCUUCAACAAUGAUGAUGCUAUCAAUAUAGAAUUGUUCCCAGCGUUUGAACGAGUAUGCAAGGAUCUUGACAAUGAUGUUUCCCACUAUGUUAAUAUUUGAUACAUAA